AAGUUACAAAGAAAUCCUAGGAAUCCUCGAGCAUCACUGGUUAAAGGGACUGUAAACUACAUUUAAGGUAACUGUCCAAGUAGGCAUUCCAGGAUCCUGUUUAGUAAUUCACAGUAGGAACAGGAAAAGACCUUUGUGAGACAGUGUAGUUGUUUUUGAUGUGCACUGUCCACACUUUUAAUUAUUUGGUGUAAUUUGACCUUUACAUCAGUGUCAUUAUCAGUUACCCCGUCAUGUUCUAUUGAAAAACUCCUGACGUUCACUGGUAGCUGAAGGCGGCCACGUCCAUUUUUUUAAUAUUCAAGUCAUGAGAAUGAAAGCUUAAUGUUUGAGAACUAGUGAGCGGGUUGCAAAAGGCCACAAAAACAAAACAGUUAUGACCUGUACGCUCAAUUCACUGCCACUGUGACCAACUGGACUUUCAAGUGGUCAAACCUGAGUCACAUCCUACCAUUCACCUACUGCUUGGCAAAGGAUGAAAUAUAAUAUACAACUAAAAUGUGACCUUAGAAAAAGUCAAAUAAUGAUUCACCACAGUUCGUCAAGAGGAAGGGAAACAUAAUCACAACAAAUUAGAGGAUUAUAUAACGAAAGGAGCGACAAGGGAAGAGCUGAUUAACCAGAGGAAGGGCAGAUAAGGGGAAAAGACAGGGCAGCAUGACUGAGCUGGGAUACACAGCCUGCUCAAGAUUACUCCACCCUCACACACACAGCAAUAUAGCGGUGAGGUAAAUCCCCAGCAUUCCCCCAUACACUGUCACUGCCCUCCCACUCCUGCAACUGCUGUGUGUGUGUUUGUGUGUGUGCGUGUGUGUGUGUGUCACCACUUUUCUCUGGCAUUCCUUUGCAGAACGGAGAGACGCAGCCACUGGAAGCAGGGAAACGGAGCAACAGAACUUUCUCCAAACUUCUGCAAGAAUAUGAAAAACUCAACAAGAAGAAGGAAAAAUAAUCUCGACCUCUUCAAAGCAGCAUCUUGGUUUUACUCCCAUCACUGCAGUCUACUCUGAAUUUUAAGAGCCACUUUGGGGAAAUCUGCCUGCAGGGCAGCUGGGAAGUCAGCAUCUUCUUGUAUCCCUGGAACACUUUUCCUCCUCUUCCUUGUUCUUUCAACCACUCUCUAGGAAGCCGAUUUAAGAUCUUGGAUUUCCAAAUUCCAGAGCUAGUAAACACAACUGUGGAGACCAAACAGUAACACGGGCACAGUGUUGUAACUGCCUACAAAGAGACCCUGGCUCCUGUAAACAUGGCUGACGUGGUGCAGCCAGAACCAAAUGACCUCAAGGUCCCGGGUGACGACCUCUCCGUCUCUUCAUCACCGGCUACAGCAAGAAAUGACUGCAGCAUCACACCGCUCACGCCGUCGCCCUCACCAAGGGUGGAGGUCCGACCCAGGAUGGCCUGUCCAUUCUCUGUGGUUGUGGCCAUAGAUUUCGGCACAACCUCCAGUGGCUAUGCCUUCAGCUUCACCCAGGACUCAGAGGCCAUACACAUGAUGAAGCGUUGGGAGGGUGGAGACCCAGGCGUGGCCAAUCAGAAGAGUCCGACCUGCCUGCUCCUGACUCCGGACUUGAGGUUCCACAGUUUUGGCUUUGCGGCCCGAGACUUCUACCAUGACCUGGACCCGGAGGAGGCUCAGCACUGGCUGUACUUGGAUAAAUUCAAAAUGAAGAUCCACAGCACCAGUGUAAGAGCAACACUCAAGAACCUGGAGACCACGUCACAGGACUAUGACCUCAGCAUGGAGACGGAGCUGGAAGCAGUCAAUGGGCGGAAGGUCAGGGCCAUCGAGGUGUUUGCUCACGCCCUGCGGUUCUUCAGAGAACAUGCUCUAAAGGAGGUGAAGGAACAGUCUUUUACUGUGCCGCAGGGAGAGGAGAUCAGAUGGGUGAUCACUGUCCCUGCCGUGUGGAGACAACCGGCUAAGCAGUUCAUGAGGGAGGCUGCAUACCUGGCCGGUCUGGUGUCUCCCGACUGUCCAGAGCAGCUCCUCAUCGCUUUAGAACCAGAAGCUGCAUCUAUCUACUGCCGCAAGCUCCGACUCCACCAGGUGAUUGACCUCAGCAUGAAACCACUGACAAACGGCCUGGAUAUGGACGGGUCCCAGCCCUUUGACUCCAGCUUCAGACAAGCCAGGGAGCAGCUGAGACGGUCCAGACACAGCAGGACGUUCCUGGUGGAGAGUGGAACCGGAGAGCUGUGGUCAGAGUUACAGACUGGUGACAGGUAUAUCGUUGCAGACUGUGGAGGAGGGACAGUUGACCUGACGGUCCAUCAGAUCGAGCAGCCAAAGGGUACACUCAAAGAGCUCUACAAGGCUUCAGGCGGCCCCUAUGGAGCAGUGGGUGUUGACCUGGCUUUUGAGGCCAUGCUGUGUCAAAUCUUUGGCGACGACUUCAUCCAGAGCUUCAAAGCCAAACGCCCGGCCGCUUGGGUGGAUCUCACCAUUGCAUUUGAAGCAAGGAAGCGAACAGCGGCACCCGGCAGAGCCAACGCCCUCAACAUCUCCCUGCCCUUCUCCUUCAUUGAUUACUACAAGAGACACAGAGGCCAUAGUGUGGAGGCCGCCCUGAGGAGGAGCAAUAUGAACAUAGUAAAGUGGUCGUCCCAGGGAAUGCUGCGACUCACACAGGAGGCCAUGAACGAGCUCUUCCAGCCCACCAUUUUCAACAUCGUCAAACACAUUGAGGAGCUGAUGUCAAAGCCGGAGGUGCGGGGCGUGCGUUUCCUCUUUCUGGUUGGAGGUUUUGCAGAGUCGCCCAUGCUGCAGAAAGCCGUCCAGAAGGCACUGGGCCGGACGUGUCGCAUCAUCAUUCCCCAUGAUGUUGGGCUGACCAUACUGAAGGGCGCUGUGCUCUUUGGACUGGAUCCCACUGUGGUACGAGUGCGUCGGUGCCCCUUGACAUACGGAGUUGGCGUGCUGAACAGAUUCAUAGAGGGACGCCACCCUCGGGAUAAACUUCUCAUCAAAGAUGGUCGUGAGUGGUGCACAGAUAUCCUGGACCGAUUCGUCUCUGUAGACCAGUCCGUGGCUUUAGGCGAGGUGGUGAGACGCAGCUACACCCCUGCAAGAGUCGGCCAACGGAAGAUCAUCAUCAACAUCUACUGCAGCACCACAGACGACGUCACCUACAUCUCUGACCCUGGGGUCAGGAAGUGUGGGACAAUUACCUUGGACCUGCCUGAAUCGUUACCAACACCGGGAGCAGUCGGGGGAGCGGGAGGAGGUGCGGAGAGGAGGGAGAUCAGAGCGACCAUGCAGUUCGGAGACACCGAGAUCAAAGUCAUGGCUGUCGACAUCAUGUCAAAUCGCUCCGUGCGGGCUUCCAUAGACUUCCUAUCUAACUAAAGGAGGAGCAGGAAGUGGUGAUGAGACGAUUUCAAAGAAUUGUACAUUCAGAGAAUGCGGUACUGUGGGAGUGGGCUGCCGAUGCAGUGAGAAGACCAUGACCUUUGCAUUACAACUAAGAACUGACAUGAAAUGUUAUUUUUCUUAUGAGUUCAAAAAAGCAAUAAACACAUAGCUUAAUCAACAUAUGGAACUUUAAUAAUACGGUAGGUCCAAAGCUGACCUCUGGACUGACCUGAGGAUCUGUCUCAGAUAAACACCACCAACACAGUAAACUACCUGAAUGAAAACUCCUGUACGUUUGUGCUAAACAUACCAUUUUGUCACUUUGUCUCUCGUACACGUUACUAUACCUCAUUGAAUCCUAUUUUAGUGAUCAUUUUAUUAGCGUUUGAUGCAACUUCUGGAACCCCGUUUCUCCAAUAUCGCCGUAAUUGUGCCACCAAGUGGUGUAAAGACUGUACUACCAUUCAUAUGGUAGGAAUGACCGAGCUGUUGGUCUUUAAA